AUGGUGACCUCAGAUCUGUUCGCCAGUGUUGUGCGAGACAUCAAAAAGGUCCAACAGAGCGUGGGCUACUGCCCCCAGUUUGACUCUCUCUACGACGAGCUGACGCCCCGGGAACACCUACAGCUCUACUGCAGGCUCCGCGGCAUCCCGCCCAGCGAUGAGAAUCAGGUUGUGGAGUGGGCUCUCACCAAGCUAGGCCUGUCCAAAUUUGCCGACAAACUUUCCGGGACGUUGAGCGGUGGCAACAAGAGGAAGCUGUCGACUGCUAUAGCCCUCAUCGGUCACCCUCCCGUCAUUUUUAUGGUGAGUCACUGCACCUGUAAUUGGUUUGUCUUUUCUCUCAUCUUUUUUUUUUUCUUCUGUAAUAAUUACUGAUAGUGAUUGCUG